AUGCAUGACCUGGACACCGCCGCACCGCCGGCACCUGCCGCACGCUCUUUUCGUCCCCUUAUCCCCGCCGAUACUACCGCAGCAGCCGUCACGCCGCCACAACCUGCAUCCACGACUCCGUGCCAGCGCUGCGUUGAUGUCUUCACGACCCCGCAACCGUCGCCGCCCGCCGACGACCGCUCGCCAUGGUCCCUGCUGUGCAGCAACCCGCAGGAUGGUCGGCCCGGCCUUGUCUACUCUCGCCGUCGCGGCUCGCUCGAAGCGUCGGUGGAGCAAGGGUGCGGCCUCUGCCGGGUGCUGCUCGAGUCGGUCGUCACGGGAGAGAAGCGGCGGAGCAACCUGAAGAAGAGCUGGGAUGCCAACGUUGCUAUCAUGGCCGUGAGCCAGGGGGUUGGCGGGCUCGGUGUCGCCGACAAGAGGAAGAGCGCGGACGAUGCGGUUGUGCAUUUUGAGUUCUCGUUCGAGACCGAGGGCGGCAGCGGUCCGGGGAGCCCGGUGCCGCGGGAUCAGUACAGGUUCCCGUCGUGGCCGGGUGGAGUGGUGGACGACCAGCAGGACCAGAGCUCACAGCAGCCGCCGCUAGUGCCUGUACUGAGAGUAAGAAGGCUGGGUACCCUGUUCCCGGGGACCCUGCUCUUCGACGUUGCAACAGAGUAUGGUGAUCCAUUGGCGGACCCGCAGCAAGCUUCUGGAGAAGCAGGAGACAGAGAUGCCUUCUCACUCCCUGUCUGCAGCUUAGACGCAAACCGAGGGACCCCGGAAGAGCUCGCAACGGUCAAGAGCUGGCUGGACUGGUGCGACAACGGACAUCUCUCUUGCGUGCGCAAGAGGCGUGCCCUCCCAUCCAGGGUGCUCGACAUUUACGGAUCCACUGGCGUCGUGCGCCUGGUCGACUCGGAGGGCAUCGAGCCGGAGCCGUACGCCACCCUCAGUUACUGCUGGGGAGGACCUCAGCCGGUUGUGACGUCCAUCGAAACGAUAGCGGAGCACAUGGCCGGCAUCGAGGUUGCCAGGCUCCCACAAACACUGCAGGAUGCGGUCAAGACGACAAAGGCGCUGGGACUGAGAUACCUCUGGAUUGAUUCGUUGUGCAUCAUGCAGGACAGCGUCGACGACAAGGAGCAUGAAAUGGCGCGCAUGCAGCAAGUCUUCCAGAACUCGCACGUCACCAUCGUCGCCGCGCGCUCUCGCUCCUGCCAUGAGGGCUUCUUCCACGCCGAGCGGUCGCGCGACCCGCUCGUCAAGCUCCCCGUCCAGGCGGCCGGCGGACUGGUCGGCAACAUGUUGCUGCUGCCGCGCAAGCAGCGGCUCGUCGAGCAGCCGGCGCGAGAACCGCUCCACGAGCGCGCCUGGGCACUGCAGGAAAUAGUGCUGUCACCGCGCCUGCUCAUCUACGGCCGCGAACUGACUGUCUGGCGGUGCACAGCGGGCGAGAAGGCGCGCGAUUGCAGCAGCAGCCGGCACCACCGCCACAACAACAACAGCAACAACCCCCUGGACUGGAACGGAUACUGCGCCGCCGCAGGCCUCACCACCAUCCGCCUCUCGCCCAAAGGCCGCAUCCACCAGCCCCGACUGUCGACGCACUCGCCGCACAGCAUGUUCGCACAGCAGUCGGAGCGGCUGCCCAAGCUGUUCCGCACGUGGAAGUACGUCGUGCACGACUACACGGCCCGCCUGCUGACGGACCCGAUGGACAAGCUGCCCGCGCUGUCGGGCAUCGCCACCUACUUCCGCGACGCCAUGGAGGACACGUACCUCGCCGGCCUGUGGCGGAAGCACCUGCUCAGCGAGCUGUCCUGGGUCGUGUCCACCUCGUCGUCGCCCUCGCUGCCGCCGCUCCUCGAAAGCCACACCAGCGCCGACGACGUGCCCUUCUUCCCGCCCUCGUCGGCCCUCACCACCAUCGCCCGCCGCCCGCCCCGCUACCGCGCCCCGUCCUGGUCCUGGAUGAGCGUCGACGCCGCCAUCGCCUUCCACGCCGACUCGUGCUCCUGGUACGAGCCCGUCGUCGACGUCGUCCACGCCGCCGUCCAGCCGGCGCACGGCGCCGCCGCCCCCUGCGGGCCCGUCGCGGGCGGCUCGCUGACCCUCCACGGCUUCCUGCGCCCCAACGUGCCCAGCCUGCUCAGCCCGCGCACGCCCUUCGCCGUCGCCGCCGUGCCCGGCGAGGAGACGCUGCAGGGCGCGUACGGCACCAUCUACCUGGACGUGCCGCCGCCCAUGAUGGACGGCGAGGGCGAGGACGAGCGCGUCGAGGCGAGCAGGCUGGCCGCCAUGAACCGCCUCUCGGCCGCGUCGUCGCUGUCGUCGUCGUCGGCGUCCAGGAGGAGCUCGCAGGGCGUGUACUGGUGCCUGCUGCUGGCGCGGUGCUUCACGCGCACGCCCGCCGAGGACGACGUCAUGGUCGACAUCGAGACGGCGUGGGGGCUGGCGCUGGCGCUGAACGGCGAGGAGUUUGAGCGCGUGGGCUACUUCGUCGGGAAUCCGGCGUGCAGGACGUGGUUUGAGAGUGGAGGGAAGAGGGAUGUCACGAUCGUGUAG